UUUGUUAUAUUUUAUUUACACUGGAAUGUUUGUAAACCGCGCAUUGGUCUGUUUGCAGCAACGUCAAUGCUAUUUUUCGUCGAAAUUUAAUGUAACGCUAGGUGAUCGGUUGAUACUAGUUAAGUAGCAUCGCUUUGCAGUAGCCGACGUUAGUUGUGGUUAGUUCUAAGUUAGCACGUAUGCAGCGCGACGCCGCUCAUCCACUCACUGAAUGAAGAUGAAGAGAGCCAGAGGCAGUGGUGAUGAGGAGGGUCCCCGGCAGAAUGGCUCUGGUGGACGCAGGAGAGGAGACCAGCAGCAAAGUGAUGGGGAUGAAGGUGACUCUACCUUCGGCCCCACUGACCUGCAGGACGACGACAACGACCCUGGCCUCAGGAGAGAAAUUAGGAGCAAGUACAGAGACCUCAUCAACUCUGUGCAACAGAAUAGAGAGGAUAUGCUGAGUCCCUCCAACAACAGACUCACAGAAGUCUUAGAACAGGCCAACAGGCUUUUUAAAGAUGUUCGGCAGGCGAGGGAAGCAGCUCUGGAUGCCCAGCUCCUUGUUGUGGCCACGGACCUGGGAAAGGAGAAAGCCAGCCAACUGUUUGCUGAGGGCACUGCUUUCGAUCCCACUGCUUUUGCUGAGCAUCUUUUGUCCUUCAUGGGUCUCAACCGGCUAGAGGACGGGGAGGACGAACAGAAUGGUGCAUCUGAUGGCUACCUGCCCCAGGAUGCCUGGCACAGAGUGGCCAGGAGGGCAGAGUGCUGUUUCAAGACAGCACCCUCCUUCCAUUACAUGAUGGGCUCGUUCCAUGCAGAGCCGCCUCCUCCAAAGCAAAGGAUAGAAAGGCAAAGGAAAGCACCCAGCAAGGAAGCCAAAAGGAUAAUGCCCACUCAGCUGAAGAAAAUGGAUGAGUCCCAUCAAGAAGCAACAGAGAAAGAGGUGGAAAGGAUCCUAGGAUACCUGAAGAGUUACUACCAAGAUGAUCCAACGUCACCGAUAUCGUAUUACGAGUUUGUCAUUGACCCCAACUCCUUUUCCCGGACAGUAGAGAACAUUUUCCACACGUCUUUUCUAAUCAGGGACGGUUUGGCACGGAUGUAUCUGGAUAAUGCCAAACUGCCAUGUAUAGCUCCUGUAGAGGAGGGAGAGGUGGAAGCAGGAGGAUCAUGCAGCCGUAAACAGUGCAUCAUCUCUAUCAGCCCAAAGAUGUGGAAGGAGCUCAUAGAUGCCUUCGACAUCAGAGACACAAUGAUUCAGCCUUCAAACACGCAGAAUGAGUGAGGGACCCUGCCACUUUGUGUUAGCUAAAACAUAAAUUGUUUUUAAGUGUGUUGCUUUUCUUUUAUGUCUACAUACUGACAGAAUUUGCAAAGACCAAAUUUCAAUGUAGAUUAUACAUUUUGUUUUAAUUUUUUUUUUUUUUUUUUUUUUACUGUUUUUAGAUGUUUCAAUAAUUAAAGAGAAAGAAGAUAAAACUGGUACUGUUUAAUUUAAGCAUGUUAAUAGCAGGCGUUGAACACUGUUGUCAACAUAAUAUACUCUAUAUAUUUCUAGCAUUUGAGCUUUAAAUAUUUGGAGCCACUGUAACAGUGAGGCACAACUUCAAACAUAAGGUUGAUUUUAAACGAUAAAAUAGCCGAGGCCUGGUUAUGAUCGCGUGUGGUUAUGAUUAUUUGUGUCGACCUUCUUGAGCAAAACUUCUCUUGAAACGUGUCUGUGUAUCUUUACCCUAGUUACUGUAAACACUGCAACAUGUCAUGCGAUACUACUGCGCAGAAAAUUUUAAAGCAGUUUUGAUUUUUUUUUAUGCUAUUGAAUGGUGAUGACAAAUAGGGAAUUUGGAAAUUCAAAGAAAGAAAGAAAGAAAAAGCC